UGUGUCUGACGGGGGCGUCCAGGCAACAAACAUCUUUUGAGUACAAACGUGAUGACGAUGUCAAUGGACCAGCCCAGCCUCCUCUCUCCAUCUCGGUGCACGAGCUCGCGCACUGCGGCGCCGCGUGGUGCGUGCGGGUGGCGCGCAGCGGAAGUGUGGCGACAGUAGGUGGUUCACCCGACAUAAAGCUCGGCAACAGCGCACGCGCAGCGCUGAACGGGCCAGAAAGUUUACCUCCUGCCUGAAGAGCGCACCACGAGCAAGAAAGAAGGGUCUGCGAGUAGAAGCAGUGUUGUAGUCGGCAGCGCCUCCCACAGUCGCCCAAAGUCUUCAAACGUCCACGAAACUGCAGCUAUGCUCCGGGUGUUCAGCUCGCGCGCUUAGACGUAGGAAUAAUCAGACAGCCAAAUACAAGCACGAACAACGAAAAAAAAGCAACAACAAACAAACAAAAUCCGCUCAACACAAGUUAUCUCCCCUUCAAAGCCAGACCCAUUGCCGUCCGCCACCACACACUUCGCUCGCAGGCUAAUGGAUCAGCUUUCCUUGAAGAUGUCCACCAGACUGUUCCUCGUUCUACUCACUGUGGUUUUGUACUCCUGUCUGGUAUCAUCAGUCGUGUCCAAGAUAGACGAUCCCAUCCGGGUUCGGAAAGACGCCGAGAAAAGACAAGUGUAUAUGGGACUCAAUCUAUGCCAGCUUAACAGAAGGAAUUGCCCUGGAGGUUUUCGAAAGAGAUUUUCUCCCAUGGAAGAAAAUGGCAGUUCGAGCACAUCCGAUGUAGACUCCAAGGCGUUGGUGGAUCUGCUGCUGUCCGGCCAGCCAUGGGAGGAAAGAGAUACGCAGGAGAGGCAGAGGUUUAGACAGAGGAUUGACAUGCUGGAAGCUCUGCAAGAUAUUGUACUUCCACCAGACUCCUUCGACAGCCGGCAGUAACAGCCACACCUUCUGGGCCUCGUCCGGAGCUCACUGACCACUCUAUCCGCUGCGCCAGCGACAUCAACGACGACGUCGACGGUAGCAACAACAACAUCAGCAUCACGACAACAUCGAAGCUCCUGCAUUUCACGCGCUGGUUUGUUCGGGCUGGUGUUUGCGGUACCUCCCGCUUCUCAACGGGCGGCAGCAUUUCUUCUGGGACAUUCACUUUCCAGUGGCGGUCUUUGCGUCCAGUUGAGAUACUACUGACCGGCCCAAGCCGUUGGUUUUGCUGAAGUAGCUAGUCCUGUUACAUGAUCCUGAAUAGUAAUAAAUUCCAGAUUCGUAACUGGUUUUUCCAUUUCUCAUUCUCCUUUUUUUUUCAGCGAGUCUCUUUCCUCUCUCUCUCUUGCCCUCUGCCCUCCCUCUUGCUGUCUUUCUGUCCAAUCAUUGUGUAAGAGAUAAAUAAGAACAAGGACACGGGCAGCUUUGCCUUCUGUGAGGGUUGUAAAGAGGAGCGACACUAAAAGAGAUGCUGAGCAAACUUGAGGUGUUCUAAUGGACAGUCAUAUUUGCUUUUUGAUGUCAUAAUUACUAGGAUGGACUGUCAACCCGCUCGGGCUGUAAUGAGAUCCUUUGUUUGUUUGAUAUCUGUUUGAAAAGACUGGUGUGCGGCCAUUGUAAAAUGCCUUUUAGACGCCCGUGUUUCGUGGACAUACUACAUAACAGAAUACGCACUUGAAAAUAGAAGGCUAGCUUUUAGCUUUUACUAUCUCGUUCUUUUUUUGUUUACACUAUGGUGGCUAGGUAUCAGAUACACCAGAUACAACACUGUCAGUCUCUCUAUAGCUCGCUCACUUCAUCUCUACUUCUCUUAUCUCCCUUAAAACUUCUCUCUCUCUCUCUCUCUCUCACACACACACACAGUCAAUGUAUCCCCUUUAGUAAUAAAAAUGCUAAAAAAAAAAUAAUAAUAAACAAAUCGUGAAAUAGUUUUCAUGCCCAAAGUCUAUUUUCAAUUCUUCCCUAAAUGGUCCCCAGUGUUCAAUAAAGUUUAUCUGUCAAGAUUAUCCCAAAAUAUAGCGCGACAAAAAGCUAAUGCCUUUCAAAUAAAACUGUGCAGUGCAUUUAGAAAUCCGUUAAAAUAUUGCUGCCAUAAAGAGGACAAUAGCGAAAAGUGUCAGCGCCAAAGUAAUGAGAGUUGAGUUCCUUCUCACAGCCACCAGCUCUGGCGACAGCUGAAGUUUAGUUCACCAUUUAUGUUUGCUGCUGACGAUUGUUUAAGUUUAUCCGUGCUGCGUUUUUUUCUAUUUAAAGGCACAUAAAGCAUUCUAAAAAGAGUUCUCCUGCAAACAUUAGCAAGGUCUAUGAGUACAUUUUCGCUGGCCAAGUGUAAAAAUACGCGGACGACAAACCCUGAACAAGUCAUGGUGCGUGACUACAUCAAACAUUGCCGCUCGACGUGGGCAUCGGUAUCGUCAGAUCGACGAACCUUAAAGAACUUACGAGUAAAAUCAGAUGACAUCAAGAAUAUGUGUGACAAUCGGCAGUUGCUGGUAACCGGAGCUGUCAGAGCAUGUUUUCGGUAUCAGCUGUCCUUUAGGUGCGGGUACAAUGGGUGGCCGCCUGUGUCGAGCGAAAUGGUUGUAUCCACACACGGGUGGCGUGUCACCGGCGCGACAGGGUGUCGCCGAGAGGUCGAUGUGCGUUCGUGAUAUUCGGGUGUUUGUGUCCCUCCUGUCACCUUCUGUAAUCUUUCUGGGCAUUGUUCUAACAAGCUGCUGCUUGGUGUUGCCGCUACUGUCUCUUUCGCCAUUGGAAUGGAUUUUGUGAGCUCAAUAAAAACAGUGAGAAAAAAAAA